AUGGCGGCAAUCGACAAAGUAAGAAUUCUUGUUGUCGGUGAUUCGGGAGUGGGCAAAACCUCCUUAGUUCACCUUAUAUGUCAUAAUCAACCAGUAGGAAACCCGGGCUGGACAAUAGGCUGUUCAGUGGAAGUAAAGCUACAUGAAUAUAAAGUUGGCACACCAUCAGAAAAAACCUACUUUUUAGAGCUGUGGGAUAUUGGAGGAUCAACAAGUCACGCAAACAGCAGAUCCAUCUUCUAUAACCCUGUGCAUGGGGUAAUACUCGUCCAUGAUCUCACGAACAGAAAAUCUCAUCAGAACUUGCGAAAGUGGCUGGCUGAAGUGUUAAACAGAGAGAGUCAUAAGGACUCAAAUGGGUAUGACUAUGAUCCUGAGCAGUUUGCUGGAAACCAGACCCCUGUCUUAGUGGUGGGUACAAAGGCUGACCAGGCAGAGCGGCUACGAGAGAACGUUCUCUCACGUGUUUCUUCUGUGGCUGAAGAGUGUGGGGCGGAUGAAAUUAACCUGGAUUGUAAUCAGGAGAAAUGUGUUGCUCCAGGCUCAACCAAUGCUGUGAAACUUUCCAGGUUUUUUGAUAAGGUGAUAGAAAGGAGAUUUUACACAGGAAAUCAGGUUGGUGGUAACCGUAUACCUUAUAGCCCAAAUGUCAACAUUUAGUGCUCUGCAGAAGUUGUCCUGUUUCUAAAAGAUGGUCCAAAUCAGUUUUGGCUCAUCCUCAAUGACCAGAAGAACUUACUCACCUCUCUAUUACAAGAAUUCCCAUGUGGACUGAAAUCAACCAAUGACAAACAGUCCUAUCGACCAAUCACCAUAACAAAAGCACCAGCAUUUAGUGCCAAUUUCAGUGUUUCGAACUUUUCAAUAAUUGAUUGACUGUGUGAAUGGAUUAAGAUUUUUUUUCAAAGGGGUCAAGACGUUGUGAUACAUGUAUAGGGACUUACUUAUGCUGUACACAUCUCCUUACGUGUCUUUCUUAUGUCACCUCUUCAAACCAGUCGAUUAAAAUGAAACGUCUAACUUUAGAAAUAUUUUUCCAAAAUUGCUCUGGUUUUUCCCAUACAUCAAACUCUCGAUAUUCCAUAUUGUUUGUUUUGAUAAAAUAUGAUAAAAUAUGAUAUCUUGAUUUGAAGUUACAAGUUUAAGAAAAUACAAAUUUUGAGUAAGUUGUAAGUGAGUGCUUGGGGUUUAACAUGGUACUUAACCAUUUUUCAGUCAUAUGAUGGCAAAGGAAUCCUUAGAGUGCAUGGAAUGUGCCUCCUUGUUGCAGGACAGAUAUCUGCUACUCUUUUAUCUAGUGCUGCUUCACUGAGACGACUUACUGAAGCCAAAUAAGCAGCACCGCCCGAGCCAUUAUACUGAUACAGGUCAGCCAGUCGUUGCAUUAUCCCCUUAAUGCUGAAUGCCAGGUGAAGAAGUUACAACUUCCUCUUUUAAGGUCUUAGGUGUGACCAGGAUUGACAAUGGAAUAACCCCCUCUCGAAGCGAAAGCUCUACCAUUUUUGCUACUGGGGCCUGUUUGAGUUAAUGAAGUUGACAUACAAAUAUGUUGAUAGAUUUGAUGUGAACACUGAGGUAUGUUAAAAAUGCUAUUAUCCCAGUACAUGCCUAUUAACAGCAGUGUCAGAGUGGUACUGAAAUUUUUAAGGGGAAAAGUGAAAACAUAUAAUUGCCUCUCUGCUGGAUUGGUUACUACAGUGUGGUAUUAACAUGAAAAGCUGUAGCCACCUGUCUCAGUAUUCAAUUCUUUUAUGCAAAAUGUAAUAUUUGUGUUGAAUAUGCAGUGUAUUGACCUUCAUACAUAAAUUACAUACGCUCAUUUGCUGGUCAACGAUGUACUGAGAAGAAAUAUGUUGUACACACUUUUUGUUCUGCAUUCAUGUCCUGUGUACACGUAGCUUGUGGAUGGGCCAAAGAUUGUUAUUACCAAGAGCUAUACUUCUGUUGCUAGAGACAACUGCGUAUGUCACGAAUGAUGAAUAUUAAAUAAUUUAUUUUUAAAUUUAAA